AUGGAGAUGAGUGGAGCUAAUAAAUUGUCAGAAAUCUCACAAUUAUCUGAUGAUGAAGUUGAUGACAUUCCUAAAAUGUACGCUGAUCUCGUGGAGAAUGGAGGGCAGAGGUCCGUGAAGGAGCGCCUUAAUGGGAAUGGUACUAGUGGUCCUACUUGGCUGCAGCAACAACAUCAAAUCACCAGCAAGAGAACUCGAAUAGAGGUGGAGUUUGGGAGACACUGGAGUUGUGGAAUGAGGGUGUUCCCCAAUGUUGUGAUCUACACUGUGUUGAUUGAAGGUGAUUGUUUGCGUGGAGAAGUGGAUGAGGCAAAGAAGAUGACGAGUAGGAAGCAAUUGAAUGGGUUGAAAGACAAUGUUGCCACAAAUACUAGCUUGUUGAAGGGAAUGUGUAUUAAGGGAAAGUCUGAUGAGACUAUUCAGCAAUUGAGGGAAAUUUUCUUUCCGAGACCUAUCAGCCGCCACCCAUAUCAUUUAAGGAACUGUUUGGGAAGGUUUUUGCUUGCUGCUGUAAGUGGCCGUAUUUUAGCCCAGUCAUAUCACUCAGUCCUUCAAGUUGGUUACGAGAUGAUCGAGCAAGCAGUUAAUACUACUGAUGGAAAUAGUAGUGAAUACCAGCCUGAAAUUGCAUGGAAAAGAUGGGAGUUGUCUGUCAUGUUGGAGCAUGUGCAAGCCCAUGUUGCACCAACAAAUGUUGAUCUAGGGGCCGGAGUGCAAUGGCUACCAAAAAUUCUCAUAGGAUCUCCAAAAGUAAUGCGUACAGGCGCUCUUCUUGAGAGAGUUUUUAUGCCUUGUGAUAUGUACUUUCAGUUCACAAGGCAUAAAGGAGGAACUCCAGAACUGAAGGUAAUUCUUUUUGUAUCAUUGCAAAAUCCAAAGAUCCUUGUCAGAUGA